GGGGCGGGGGUGCCGGGCCUCCAGCCAAUAGAGGACCAAGAGUUGUCAGGAGGGCUUAUAAAGCUUGCUAUUUCUGGCAUUUUUUCUCUUUCUCUGCUGAUUAUGCAGCAGAAUCGCACAGAGGCUGUCGCGGGUGCGUUCUCUCCCUGCCUAGGCUUCUGUGGAAUGAGAGUCAGGCUCCUUCUACUUGCGAGACGCUGGUGCAUUGCAGGUGUGUUUCCGCAGAAGUUUGAUGGUGACAGUGCCUACGUGGGGAUGAGUGAUGGAAACCCAGAGCUCCUGUCAACUGGCCAGACCUAUAACAGCCAGAGUGAGAGCAACGAGGACUAUGAGAUCCCCCCAAUAACACCUCCCAACCUCCCAGAGCCACCCCUCUUGCACCUGGGAGACCACGAAGCCAGCUACCACUCAUUGUGCCACGGCCUUGCACCCAACGGUCUGCUCCCUGCCUAUCCCUACCAAGCCAUGGAUCUGCCGGCCAUCAUGGUGUCCAACAUGCUGGCCCAGGACGGCCACCUGCUGUCGAGCCAGCUGCCCACGAUCCAGGAGAUGGUUCACUCGGAGGUUGCAGCCUAUGACUCAGGCCGGCCGGGGCCCCUGCUGGGACGUCCAGCGAUGCUGGCCAGCCACAUGAGUGCCCUCAGCCAAUCCCAGCUCAUCUCCCAGAUGGGCAUCCGGAGCAGCAUUGCCCAUGGCUCCCCAUCACCCCCAGCGAGCAAAUCGGCCACCCCUUCGCCCUCCAGUUCGACUCAGGAGGAGGAAUCCGAAGCCCAUUUCAAGAUCUCGGGAGAGAAGAGACCUUCAGCUGACCCAGGAAAAAAGGCCAAGAACCCAAAGAAGAAGAAGAAGAAGGACCCCAACGAGCCGCAGAAGCCUGUGUCGGCCUAUGCACUCUUCUUCAGAGACACUCAGGCUGCCAUCAAGGGGCAGAACCCCAGUGCCACCUUUGGGGAUGUUUCCAAAAUCGUGGCCUCCAUGUGGGACAGCCUGGGAGAGGAGCAGAAGCAGGCCUACAAGAGGAAGACUGAAGCGGCAAAGAAGGAGUAUCUGAAAGCUCUGGCAGCCUACAGGGCUAGCCUCGUCUCCAAGAGCCCUCCGGACCAAGGCGAGACCAAGAGCACUCAGGCGAAUCCGCCAGCCAAAAUGCUCCCCCCCAAGCAGCCCAUGUACGCCAUGCCCGGCCUGGCCUCCUUCCUGACCCCCUCUGACCUGCAGGCCUUCCGCAGUGGGGCCUCCCCCGCCAGCCUCGCCCGGACGCUGGGCUCCAAGUCACUGCUGCCAGGCCUCAGCGCAUCCCCGCCGCCACCACCCUCCUUCCCACUCAGCCCCACGCUGCACCAGCAGCUGCCACUGCCCCCCCAUGCACAGGGCGCCCUGCUCAGCCCACCUGUCAGCAUGUCCCCGGCCCCCCAGCCUGCUGUCCUGCCCACCCCCAUGGCACUCCAGGUGCAGCUGGCGAUGAGCCCCUCGCCUCCAGGCCCACAGGACUUCCCCCACCUCUCUGAGUUCCCCAGCAGCUCCGGCUCCCGCUCCCCUGGCCCGUCCAACCCCACGGGCAGUGGGGACUGGGACAGCAGCUACCCCAGCGGGGAGUGCGGCAUCAGCACUUGCAGCCUGCUCCCCAGGGACAAAUCGCUCUACCUCACCUAAUCCACCUCCCCUCUGCUCCCUGAGCCUCACUGGACGGGCGCUGCUCGAAGGAUUGAGUGCAGGGGAGAGGCCACGACAGGAGGCAGGGUGACCGGCCAGUGAGAACAGUGACACGGCAGCAGCCCAGGGCUGAGUCUCGCCCUCGCCCUCCCGCCAGGCUCUCCAGAGGCCGCCCAGCACCUGCCACCAGCCCAAAGAACCUGCAGGAAAGCUACUGCCCACCCACCUGCUUGCUCCAGGGUAGCCGCGGUCCCUACUCCUCGCCCGCACAAAACUCCCUCUGUCUGGAUAUCGGGCCCAGCUCGAGCCCUGGAGGGGUCGUUUCCGGACAGAAACCCACCCCAGCUGCUUGGCCAGGGCUUGCAAAUACGGUUUUCCAGUGUGCACACAAGAACCCGAAACCUGCGAACUGUGGGCGCUGUGUAAAUAGUUGACUAAGUGUUUUAGAACUGUGCUGAAGACAUCUGUAAGAUUAUUUUGUUGGGGGGUGGGGGUAGUUUCCUUUAAGGUUAAAAAGCAUUUUAUAUGACCCUUAGCACAUUUUUUAAGUUUUAUCUUAAGGGAGACCUGCACAAGCAGCUGUCAAACCGCUUCUUUAUCUGCACAGCGAGAACCGGACAGUUUACAGCCACACUCGGAGGUGUUGCUCUUUAUUAUUAUUUUUUAAAACCGUUGCGUCCAUCUAUUUAAAAUUGCCAUCAAUGGUUUUUGUCUAUUUAUGAAGCAAACUGGAGAACAGAGUUGCAGUUUAUCCUAACGUGUGCGUGGUUUGGGGUUUGGUUCUUGACAUUGUCUGCAGCUGUUUCCCGGCCCAGCAAUUGUCUGUCUUGGUGCCCAGUGCUUCUCUCAGAUCUCUUUAUAAUAAAAUGUCCUGAAAAGUUGUGACCAA